GGAAUCAUCUGGUUUUGCUUUAGAGGAAGGACAGUUGUGUUUUAGUCAGGGUCCCCCUAUGGCCUGCAAAUUUUUUAAUACCAGGCCCUCAUGUUUCUUACCUUAAAUGCCGCAAAAUAUUAAAAGAAGGAAGCAAAAUCUCAUAAAGCUUCAGUUAAGUCAGUUUCCCCACACUUCCCAAACCUUUUUUUCUUUUAAAUAUUUAAUGCAAUCUGUGAAGUCUUCACACAGUCACAGACCAAGUCUUGGAAACAGUGUAAUCACCACCAUAACUCUCAUCCCCCAAGCCCCCAACUCAUCUCUGUCUCUCUCUCUCAACUGCAUUACCCAAAGCAACUAAAAUUUCAGGUAUGCUUCAUCCCAUUGAAUCUGUUCUUCUCCAACUAUGUUCUCAUUAAGACAUGCACGACAGAAGUUGACAAAAUCAGGAUAAGAAUAGGUGCGUGUUACAAUGUCUAGUACUUUAAAUGUUCAAGACUUUUAAGUCAACGGCAAGUGAAGAAAUGGAAGUAUCAGUUGUGUUAUUCUUAAUCUUUUUUCCAUUUGCUUUCUUUAUUCAGUCAAUGAUCUGUGCUUCUUUUAGUCCUAUAGAUGUUUUCUUGAUUGAUUGUGGGGGAAGUAACCCGGUAGAACUUGACGAUUCCCGGGUUUUUCAUCCUGAUAGUAGUACUCCUAAUGUGGGAUUGUCCCCUUCUUCAGACGUUGUUUCCGGGAAUGAGAUGAGCAUUUCUGGUAACUCAGCUCUGUAUAAUUCUGCUAGAGUUUUCGAAAAAUCUUCAGCCUAUACAAUUAGAACUAAGCAGAUUGGCCACCACUGGCUGCGGCUACAUUUUUUCCCACUUCAAGAUACAAAAUAUAAUUUGAAGUCUGCAGUUUUUUCGGUUGUAUCUAAUGGAAUCACACUACUUCAUCAGUUUUCUUAUUGGAAAUCCGGCCAAAACUCUCCUCUAGUGAAGGAAUAUGUAAUUGAGGUUGGAGGUUCGAGUUCAAAAAAAUUGGAACUGACAUUUUCUCCAAGCAAUGGCUCAAUUGCAUUUAUCAAUGGGAUUGAGGUUGUGGCUGUACCCAACUUGUAUUUCCCUUCCAGGGUCGUGCCCGUUCCAUUAGGACCAGAAGUUGAGAUCCCGAAACAUGCAGCUUUGGAGACAGCUUACAGGAUAAACAUGGGAGGUCCUCUUCUAACUCCUAAGAAUGAUUCCAUGUGGAGGAUAUGGGAGCCAGAUCAACCUUAUUUAGUAAAUGCUGCUUCCGCCCUUGAUGUUAUGGUCAAUCCUAAUUUGAUCAAGUACCCUGAUGGAAUACCAGCAGAAAUUGCACCGAAUUGGGUUUAUGCCACUGCUCAAGAAAUGGCUGAAGCAAAUGUUACUGAUCAGAGAUUUAACAUAUCAUGGACGUUUGAAGUAGAGGAAGGUUUCACUUAUCUUAUUAGGAUGCAUUUUUGUGACAUUGUUAGUAUAGCUCUUAACAGCCUAGUUUUCAAUGUUUACAUCAACAAGCAAUCUGCUCUGUCCUCGUUUGAUAUUUCUAGUAAGACAAUGGCAUUAUCAGCCGCUUACUAUGUAGACUUCCUCACGAAUGUUUCAAUGGGAUCAAAUCAGAUUCUGGUACAAAUAGGUCCUCCUGAUUUAAGAAAUCUCCCAAGCAAUGCAAUUUUGAAUGGUUUAGAGAUCAUGAAAAUGAGCAAUACUUGUGAUAGCCUUGAUGGAAAUGUUUGUGUAAGUUCUGGGAACUCGAAGUUCCCCAGAAAAAUAUUGAUUGUCCUAGCAAUCUCUUCUGCAGCAGUUUUCGCAGUUUUAAUGGUCAUGGUAGCAACUUUCUUCCUGUACUUGCGCCAGCCAAAGAGGCCAAAACGUUGCCCCUCAACCUGGUUUCCAUUCCUAGCAAAUGUGGGAAAUUCUGAUUCCAAAGUUUCAAUUUGCAGUCUUGCUUCAACAGCACAAACUCAUGGUUUAGGUCGCGUCCUGUCUUUCUCAGAGAUUCGUGAAGCAACAAAGAACUUCGAUGAGAGCUUGGUCAUUGGUGUAGGUGGAUUUGGAAAGGUUUAUAAGGGUAUGCUAGAGAAUGGGGUCAUGGUUGCAGUAAAACGUGGAAAUCCAGGAUCCCGACAAGGACUAACUGAGUUCAGGACAGAAAUUUUGAUGCUCUCCAAGUUGAGGCACCGGCACCUGGUUUCUCUUAUAGGUUACUGUGAAGAACAAAAUGAGAUGAUCCUUGUUUAUGAGUUCAUGGCAGGUGGUCCUUUGCGGAAACACUUGUAUGGCUCCAAUCUUCCCCCACUUAGCUGGAAACAAAGGCUUGAAAUUUGCAUUGGAGCUGCAAAAGGCCUGCACUACCUUCACACAGGAGCAGCAGACAGUAUCAUCCACCGUGAUGUGAAAACAACCAACAUACUCCUUGAUGAAAAUUUCACAGCAAAAGUUGCAGAUUUUGGGUUGUCAAAGCUAGGUCCUACUCUGGAUCAAACUCAUGUAAGUACUGCUGUGAAGGGAAGCUUCGGUUAUCUUGAUCCUGAGUACUUUCGUCGGCAGCAACUCACAGAGAAAUCUGAUGUGUAUUCCUUUGGAGUGGUUCUCAUGGAGAUUUUAUGUGCCAGGCCUGCUAUAAACCCUGCUCUUCCAAGGGAACAGGUUAACAUAGCAGAAUGGGCUAUGCACUGGCAAAAGAGAGGCCUGUUAGAAAGGAUUAUAGAUCCCCAUCUAGCAGGAUUUAUCAAUCUCGACUCCCUGAGAAAAUUUGGUGAAACAGCUGAGAAGUGCCUGGCAGAACAUGGAACCGACAGGCCUACGAUGGGGGAUGUGUUAUGGAAUUUGGAAUACGCUCUUCAACUACAAGAGGCUUCCAUACAAAAUGUUUCAUCUGACAACAGUGCAAAUCAUAUUCCAGAGAUUCCUGGGUGGAUCCCCCUAGUUGAAUUCAUCAGUGCUAAUCGUUUUGACAGUAUCAGUGAUCAAGCUUCUGAUGCAACAACAACCACGAGUGACGUCUUUUCACAGCUCAUGGAUCCAAAAGGAAGAUAGUUUUUAACAGUUUUUUUCAAGCAAAGGGAAUCACAAAGUUAGUAAUUAGUUGAAAACUUUGAGUUAUAGUACCAUGAAUUCCACUACUCCCCACGAGGUCCUCUAAUACAAGUUGUAACAGAAAUUUGCAAUUCUCUAUAUCUGCUUUUGAUCCCUGACACCAAAUCAAAACAGUUAUGACAAAUUUUGCUUUCUGUUAUAGACAGCCUCCCUUUCUCUC